CAUUAAAGAAAUCAUUCGCGCUGACUACAAAUUCUUUCCAUUAAAUCAAAAUUUUGGCUCUUAUCAGUGUUGAUAUGAUCAAAACUGUCUAAGAUAACUCUGUCUUUAUCGGGCACCGAGAUUUUUAGCUUGAUAGAGAGAGACGGUGAAUCAAAGUUUUAGGUGUGGUUAAGAAAAAUUAUGCCGUCGUCCGUGCCGCGAUCAGUGUUCGUCGGUUCACCUGACGUGCGGGCGUGCGAUCGAUAGGGCACGGCGCGGCACAACCCGUUUCAAACUCGAACGUUCAGAAUAUCGGGAGGCCAAUAGUCGCCGUGCAAACUUUUCGACCGUAUCGCUAAAGUGAGUGUGUGAUGUAAGAAAUUGUUGUCGAAAGACGCGGUGAUCGUGACAAACAUGAUGACUAUGGACGUCGGGAUGUACAACAACCAGCAGAACGGGUACGGGGGCGCUGAGUAUUAUCAGCAGGGCGCGGGCUAUCAGCCACCAUACGAGGGCUACCACGAGGGCUACUACGAAGCUCCUUCCCAUUACUAUGAACCUAUGUUACACGGACAGACGACGCACGAGCAUCCUCCCACACCAGUCAUUAGUACUGACACUGGUUUAUGUUACACUAAUUUAGACUACGGAGAACUGCAACCGAACUAUCCUAUUCAUAGUUUGCCUCCUCACCCAGAGCCGUUUAAGCACAGAGAGGAAGUGCCUCGGCAUGAGGAGAUGGUAAUGCACGAGCAUAAAUUAGACAAUCACUACCUCGAGACGAAGUACAACAUGCACUUUGUAGAUGAGACGACGAUGCAGUACAACCACGCGGGGUCGCCGCUCCCGUGCGCGGAGUUCGAGCACUACCAGCCGAAGGAUGAGUUCGGUGGCUUGAGGGACGGCUUCCCGCGCGAGGAGUGCGUGGCGGCGCACGGGCACCUGCAGGGCCACCAGGCGCACGCGUCACACGCGACCGUGCCCACCUAUAAGUGGAUGCAGGUCAAGAGAAACGUGCCCAAACCUACCGCUCCAAAACUCAUGAUUCCGCCAGCCGAAUUCGUCAGCCAAGGAGGCAUCGGGAGUCCACAAGAAGGACUCCGAACACCGACAGGCAGUCAGAUGCUGGCCAACCCUCUACUGAACCUGAACAACACUGGACGAACCAACUUCACUAACAAACAACUCACGGAACUGGAGAAAGAAUUCCAUUUCAACAAAUAUUUAACAAGAGCUAGGAGAAUAGAAAUAGCCUCCGCCUUGCAGCUCAAUGAGACCCAAGUCAAGAUAUGGUUUCAGAAUCGGCGCAUGAAGCAGAAGAAGAGGAUUAAAGAGGGGCUUAUAGUAGCGCCCGAGGUGACCCCCACGUCGACCUCCCAGGCAAGCGUGAUCGGCUCCAGCGAGAACAGCCGCGAGUCCAGUUAAAUCGAUUACUUUCAGAGACAAAUUAAUCGAGUGAACUAUUGGUUUUUAUUUACGUGAUUUUUAGUGUUUAUGCGUUAUGUACCUACAUCAUUAACCCAAACUUCUUCAUUUAAGUAGUUUCGUUCGUUGAUUUGGUUUAUCCAUGAAGUUAGAAAAUUGUACAUGCAACAUUUAUCCUGAUGUAAUGAUAUUCUAAGUAGAGCCAGAAUCAAAUAUGGUGUCUUUUAGGUAAAUUUGUUGGGUUAUAGACAUUAUAAAAUGAAAAUCAUUGUGAUUAUCUGUAUACCUACAUAAUGACUAAAGCCAUCAUAGAAAGAAAAACGUUUUGUUUCGAUAAACGAAGAUUUGUGUACUUUUUAGGCAACAACAAGUAAAAAAUACACAAUAACCAAAAUUCUACCGUAAACCUCUCUAGAAGCUUUUAUCAUAGAAUGACAUUUCAAGCACUAGAGAUGCGAAUACGACGAUAAAUAAAAAUAUCAUUACCCUACAUACUUUAUAAUUAUAACUCUAAGACGUGUACAGAAUAGGAAUAAUUAAUUAAUUGGUGCAGUAGAAAUUUAACCUAUGUAUGUAAGUGCGACCUACGAAGCAAGAUUACAACAACAAUUAAUCAACGUUUAAUAUUUAUAACUUUAUUUCUUUUUUCAUUAAAUUGUCCAAUUUGUGUAUUGGUAUAAUUAUGUAUUUAAUAAAGGCUCAAUUAACCUGAUUAGUGUACCUAAAACAAGGAUGUGUCAACAUAAUGAAUUUUCUUAGAUUUAAUGAAACUGUAAAUUUGAAUUCGUUAACGAAAUAGAAGCUAAAUGUAAGAACAAUCGCUGUUUCUUCUAAGAUGCUUUUAGAUUUUAUCGUAUAAAUAAUAUUUCAUAGCGAUAUUGUAAUGUAGGAUUUGUUUUUUUUUUAUUUCUUUAAUACCCUUAUAAUUAAACCAAAGCGUUUUUAUUUAUUAAUCAGAGGUAACACAUCACUGAAUGAAUGCUUUGUGAACCUUAUUUUCAGUUACUGUUUUUUUCUACAUACCUGCAAAGUUUUGCCUUGAAGUUAAAGAAAUUUUAUUAAAAAAAAAGCAAUUGACAGACGUCAUUCAUCUACAAAUUGUACACAAAUCUAAAAUGUGUACGUUUUCAGCUUAAUCUAUUUUCAAAGCCUGUUUUCUUCUUACUCUUAUAUUAUUUAAACAAAUGAUUUAUUGUUAGUAUCUAUCUAUUUAAUUAAAACAUAAGUUUUUCAUAGCGUUGGCGAUACUAGUCUUAAUUUUGUAAUUACAUUGUGUACAAAUCGGAUAUUGUAUAUAAUAGUCGUGUGUUAGGUCAUUUGUGUGUAAAUUAUGUAUUAAGAUAGCGACUACUACUUUAUCAUUAAAUUAAUUGUACCUAUUUUCA